AUGGUGCCCAUGACUACACCCAAAUUGAAAGUCCUGAUUUCAGGUGCUGGUAUCGCCGGGCCGUGUCUCGCAUAUUGGCUUGCUAGAACCGGACUCACCGCUUCGGUCAAAGUUAUUGAGCGAUCACCGGUUCCAAGAACCACUGGACAAGCGAUCGAUAUUCAUGGUGCAGCUAUUGAAAUUGCGAAGAAAAUGAAACUUGAGGAAGCUAUUCGCGCGCGAACGACAACCGAAGCGGGUACGAUGCUUUUGAAUUCUUCAGGGAAGCCAUUCGCGACAUUUCCAGUUGGUGACACCUUCACAUCACGUUACGAAAUUUUGCGGGCUGAUCUAUCUGAUCUCCUUUUGGAAGCUAGCAAGAAAUUCGAUAAUAUCAACUAUAAGUAUGGUGAUUUUGUCCAGUCUCUUAAUCAGACGGAGACGGGUGUCGAUGUAAUUUUCAAUGGGGGAUCACAAGAGACAUUUGACUUAGUUGUAGGUGCAGAUGGGUCCACAUCAAAGAUCCGAUCUAUGAUUCUGGAAAAGGAAGCCCUGAAAGACAGCUACAACUUCAUCGGUCAAUACAUCGCUUUUUUUAGCAUCCCAAGUCAACCAAAUGAUUCGAAAUAUUGGGAGAUCUUCAAUGCACCAAAGGGUCUGUGUAUGAUGACGCGACCACAUCGAAAUCCCUCUACCAAAGGCGUUUACCUGUGUAUCACGAUGCCAAAACACGGAAUUUGCGACCCAGUAGUGGAGAAAGCCAUGGAGGGAGGGGUUGAAGCAACGAAGCGUAUGCUACAUUCAUACUUCGAAAAUUGUGGUUGGGAAGCAAAGCAAAUAUUGGAGGGAUUGGACAAGUCUGAUGACUUUUAUAUGGCCAAAGCCGCACAGGUCAAGGUACCAAAAUGGACGAAUGGGCGUGCUGUAGUGAUUGGAGAUGCUGCAAUGGCAACCUUCGGCGUUGGGACUACUUUGGCUAUUGACAGUGCCUAUAUCCUGGCCGGAGAAUUGUCAAAAAUAAAGAGCAGUGCUGAAAUUCCAGAGGCGUUACAGAGAUAUGAAAAGGCAUUCCGGCCAAUUUAUAAAAAGAUGGAGGACCUUCCACCUGGCUUCCCACAACUUGCCAUGCCUCAAACUAGAUGGGGCCUGCGGAUUAGAGAUUCAAUAAUCUGGUUUAUUGGUAAGACGAAGGUACAUAAACUUCUCCCUGAAGAUCGGAGCACUGAUCAUGAGUUGCCGAAAUACGAUUGGAUAAAAAGUUAA